GUUCAUGAUGCGCCGCCGAUCAGAUCAGAAAACGAAGCCUCUUCAAAUAGAGGUGGCUUCAAAUGUCGUGCUGAUGAGACUUGGAUCAAUGCGUCCUUUGCACCUCCAAGACAAUCAAUCACCGCCUUCCUCCAUUCAUCAGGCCUUGCCUUCAUCACCGCUCAAAGAAGCGCCAGCAUCACCACAACGGUCCUCCACCAGUUCUAUGGAUAGCAUCAGCCAAUAUGCUUCGGCCACCAAUCUCCAGGCACUUGACAGGGGAGGAGAUCAGAGCCGAUAUUCUUCAUCAGCAAAUCUCCAAGAACUUGAGAACAGUGGAUUAGAGAGCCAAUAUGGUUCAUCCACAAAUCUCCAGGCACGUGACGAUAGAUCGAAGAGUCAAUAUGCUUCUUCGCCAAAUCUCCAGUCACUUGCCAAGGGAUCGGAGAGCCAAUAUGCUUCUUCACCAAAUCUCCAUGCACUCGACAACGUAUUGGAGAGUCGAUAUGCUUCUUCGCCGAAUCUCCAGGCACUUGCCAAGGGAUCGGAGAAUGGAUAUGCCUCUUCGUCAAAUCUCCAGGCACUUGAUAUAGGAUUGGAGAGCCAAUAUGCUUCUUCGCCAGAUCUCCAAGCACUUGCCAAGGGGUCAGAGAGUCAAUAUGCUUCUUUGCCAAAUCUCCAUGCACUUGAUAAGGUAGCAGAGAGCCAAUAUGCUUCUUCGCUGAAUCUCCAGGCACUUGCCAAGGGAUCAGAGAGCCGAUAUGCUUCUUCGCCAAAUCUCCAGGCACUUGCCAAGGGAUUAGAGAGUCAAUAUGUUUCUUCGCCAAAUCUCCAGGCAUUUGCCAAGGGAUCGGAGAGUCGAUAUGCUUCUAUGCCAAAUCUCCAGGCACUUGCCAAGGGAUCGGAAAGCCGAUAUGCUUCGGCAUUGAAUCUCCAAGAACUUGAUGAUGAUGAGAGUGAUGCUAGAAUCAACGAUAAUGGCGGAGAUGAGAUGAUAGAUGCAAAAGCCGAGGAGUUCAUAGCACAGUUUUACCACCAAAUAAGGGUUCAAGCGGUCGAACGUUACCAUAAGACAAAGGGAAAGGCCAAGACAUUGAGCGCAUAGGCCAAGUAUUCUUUCUUUUUUCUAAGUCUUCCCGUUUUCUACUUCGAAACACUCACAGUCAGCUAUAAUCUCAAGACCUAUUUCAAUGAACGUGAAUGUUUGAAUAGAAUAAUAAGAAGAUUUUGGAGACACAGAAUCUAAUGCCGAGGGGUAAUUACAUAAUAUUAGGCGUGCAUGUCACAUGCAUGCAUGCACGUACGUACUAUAUAUCUUUGCACUUCUUUCUAUUUAACCUUUCAAUCUCUUUCUAUUUUCAAUAUGAUUUCGAAUAAAGAAGUGAGGAAGUUGGAAGGAGGGAGGAAGGACAAGAGAGAAGUAAAAAGGGGUUCAUGGGUUGGUGUAAUUUCAAUAAUAAAUUUUAAGUUUUAUUUAAA